AACCUUCCAUGAGCUUCUCGACACGACAACGCAUACAAUCAUCACAAAACCAAAUAUAUAAAGUAAGAUAACUUAAAGAAAAAAUAGAAAACCCUAAAAAAUGCUAAGAUUUCUAUAUAAAUUGUAACGAGUGCAACAACAACCUUAAAGGUUAAAUCGUGCAUGAACAAUAAAAAUGGAGUUAUGGAGGAUUAGUCUAGUGGCGAUAGCAAUAGCAUUAAUAAUGGCGACGAUGGUGGCUGCUGGUGAGGACAAGGCGAAGGAUAAGGAAGAGUGUACCGAUCAGCUUGUGGGUAUGGCCACAUGUCUUCCUUACGUGCAAGGACAGGCAAAGACUCCGACGCCGGACUGUUGCUCAGGCUUAAAACAGGUUCUCAAAUCCGACAAGAAGUGUCUUUGUGUGAUCAUCCAAGACAGGAAUGAUCCUGACUUGGGUCUCCAGAUCAACGUCUCUCUCGCUCUUGCUCUUCCUACUGUUUGCCACGCCGUUGCUGACGUCACCAAGUGCCCUGCUUUGCUUCAUAUGGACCCAAAAUCUCAAGAAGCCCAAGUGUUCUAUCAGCUGGCAAACGGUUUAAACAAAACUAGCCCAGCCUCUGCUCCCGCCGGUUCGGCCCCUGAGCCCACAAGUAUAUCUCCAACUGCAGGAUCCGAUGGUAACAACAGUGGCCGGACAACCUCUUUGCCAAGCAAGAACCACGCUCGUAGCUUUCGGAAACGGUGGCUAAGCCUUGAAGUUGUUGCCCAACUCUUCAUAAUAUCAUUUAUUAUCACCGUUUAAAAAUAAUAUUGAAAAGUGAAUUUGUGAGGUUGCAGUGAGUCAGUGACGUUGAUUUUAUGCAGUUACUGUUUCGUGAGAACUCUGCCCAACUUUUUUUUGUAUGACGCAAAAUAAGACACGAGACACGAGUUACAAUUUU